AUGACGUCCUAUCUCAUCAUCGGUGCCGGCAACUUUGGUGCCGCCACCGCGUUGACCUUGGCCAAACGGGAAGGAACCACCCACGUCACUCUCGUUGAUACCACAAAUUUCCCAAACCCUCGUGCGGCUUCGCACGACAUCAACAAGAUUGUCCGCGACGACUAUCCUGACAAACUGUACAUGCAAAUGCUGAAGAAGGCCAUGCCCAUGUGGCGAAAUCACGGCCUAUACAAGCCAUGGUAUCAUGAGGUUGGCAUGCUAAGGGCCGACCCCUCCAACUUUGGCGAGCAGAGCAUUGCCUCGUACAAGGAGAUGGGCAUUGAGAGCAAGGCACACUUUCUUACUGUAAAGGAGGUUCGCCAACGGUGGAACGGCUCCUUCGCCACUGCCAACUUUGACGGCUUGGACAAGAUUCUCUUCAACCCGGCAGUGGGCUUUGCCGAGGCGGACAAAGCCCUCGGGGCUGUCGUUCAAGAAGCCGUGGACCAGGGGGUUGAGUACGUCGUCGGCGUCGUGACAAAGAUCAACAUUGGUGCCACUGGUGAGUGCACGGGAGUCACACUGCAGUCUGGGGAGACUCUGCAUGCAGACAAAAUCUUGCUUGCCACGGGGGCACGCACCGCAGCCCUGCUGGCACAGAGUGCGCCUGAGAAUCAACAGCUUCAGGUCGGCGACAGGCUGCUGGCAACCGGUGCCGUGAGCUUCUACGCCAAGGUCCAGGGCGCCCAGCAGGAGAAGCUGUCGUCUAUUCCCGUGUUGAAGAAUUGCCUGCCUCAGGUCAAAGGCGAAGGAAUGUCCAUUCUUGCAGAUGGCACCAUCAAAUUCAACUGCGAUAUGUGCUUCACCAACUACGUCGAGUGCCCCUUGACCGGUCAGCGCCUGUCCAUGGCCCCCGAAGACAGCGCGUUCAACGUCUGGACCGGGCCCAAGUUCAUCAAGUUCUUCCAAGAGCGUGCCAGAAAGACCCUUGAUGGCCUCUACGGCAAGGAGGUGGAGGAUGUCGCUAUUGACGCCUACCGCAUGUGCUGGGACGCAUCUACUCCAACACACGACUUCCUAAUCACGCCACAUCCGCAUAGCCAUGGUCUCUACGUGGCAACUGGCGGCUCGUUUCAUGGCUGGAAGUUCUUGCCAGUAAUUGGAGACUACAUUGCCGACAUGAUGCAAGGCAGCCUUGAGACCGAAUUCGCUGAUCGUUGGGCUUGGGACAAAAAAGGCGGUGAUGGCCAUUCAGCCAAUCCGACAUAUCAGAUCGUGGGAGACCUGCAGGACUGGCUCGCGUGA